AGUGACGCGCAGGAAGAACAGCGCCGCUGUUGUGCCGCUGUGUGUCCAGGGCUGGGGUUUCAUAUAUGGGGGAAUGGUUGAGGAUUUGCGGGUGUUUGUAGCCGUUCUGGACACGCCUGGAGGCGGACGCCCGUCCUAAUGGAGCCUGCAUGCGGAUGCAAACAUGCCGGAGGCAGGCAGGUGGAGGCAGGGCUGCUUUAACGCUGCUGGAGGCGGCAGCAUCAUUUGCAUGCAGGUUUGUUUUGGGGGAAACGUCCUCAACGGUCGGAGCAGUGAACACACCCGAGGAUUCGCUGAUUUUAUCCGCUGCAGAAAUGGAUUUAAGCCUCCUGAAGCCUGGCUGGAGGCGCAGACUGAGAGGAUUUCAGCGCGCUGACUGGACGAGUUCACUGCUUUUCUUUACGUUGUUUCUGCUCAGGCAGACCGGACGUUUACGUAUUAAUGUGUGACCCAGAGCUAUUAUCCUCCGUUUAUAACAUUUAAGCAGUAAAUAGUUAUAAACAGAUAAAAUAAUAAGCUGUAUUUCCAGUGAAGCCACUGCGCCUCUAGGAACAUUGUAUUCGCUUUCCUUUGCGCUCUUUAAAUUUGACUUUAUUUGAGUGCAGCUUAAUAUUUUUUAACCCAAAUUGUAAUAUUUAGAUAAAAUUUUAAUUUUUACCUUUACACUCAGAUGAACUUCUUGUUUUUUCCUCCCUGGAUCCUUUGGAGAGCUCUCUGUGCCUCUGGAAACACCUGCUGAAUUUGGAGAGGUCUAACUUGGACUCGCUGCGCUCUUUGGGUUCCACUGGAUUUUAAUCUGGGUUUUAAACUUUCCGUCACCUUUUCAAAUCUAUUCCGCAAGGAAAACAGCCGGUCUGACCAACAAAGCUCAUCAGUUGUGCUUCUGCAGGCUGCCUGAGAUGCUCCAGGGUUUGGAAACGCGCUGAAGUCAGCUGAGCGUCUCCAAGAGUUCAGCUGCGCUCUCAACCACAACUGCGUCUCUCUAACAACUGUUUGGCUAUUGGAUGGAGCACAAGAAGUGUGAAAUUUAGGGGGUGGGACAGUGUAUUUCUAAGGUAGGGGGUUUCAUUAUUUAACCCAUUUUAAAUGGUAUUUUUGGAGCCAUAUUGGUGCUUUUAUCUGUUUGAGGCCUAAAUAACCAGAUUUUUCAUUUGGAGGGGCUCAUUUAGAUUUAAAAAAUGGUUUUGUCCAAUUUGAUCACCCCCACAUAUUCAACAUACAUGGAAGUGUCCUUUUUGCAGGGAUUGCUGGGAAGAAGAAGGAGGGUGUCGAGCUUGGGACUUUGGAAAGGCAGUUUUAGCCAGAGCCAGUUUGAAAAGGUAAGAAAUCCUUUAUUCUGCUGGGACCAAUGGGGCCUAAUGUCGGCUGGGAGGCAAAUGGAGACUCUUUACUCGGGAUAUAUGGAGAGAAAAUCAACUUUUCAGAUCAUUGUCACCAUGAUGGACGAGCAGAUACAAGAGGACCACAGCAAGCUGAAGCAGGGCCUAGUCAAAGUCCUCCAGUGCGUGGCCACCAUCUCGUCGGCGGCGGCCGUGGUCAACCCCAUCUUCGGCGUGGCGGGCUCCCUGAUCCGGGUGGUGCUGCACCACGUGGACGACGAGGACAUCCGCACGCUGAAGCGCGAGUUCGGCUCCGUCCACCAGAGGCUGGACGAGCUGUCCCAGCAGAACCGCCAGACGCUGGUCCAGAUCGAGAAGGAGACGCUGGACAGCCAGUACUGCCACGUGGAGGAGAACCUGAAGAACCAGUUCAGGAAGUUCAUGGCCAUGGUGGAGGCGCGGCCGGAGCACCGCGACGGCAAGAAGGACGACUUCGAGGAGAGCUACGCCAACGACGAAGGCGACCAGAACCUGUACACGCUGUACGACGGCGUGGUGGGCACACGGAAGCUGUUCAGCCGGCCCAUCCUGGAGGUGUACCUGAAGCACUCGCAGGGCGACCGCCGCGUCAUGGAGCGCCUCUGCACGCGCCUCACGUACCUGUUCUGCAUCGGCCUCAUCGCCCUGAUGGGCUACGCCGCCAUCAUCGGCGACGACGAGGAGGAGCUGAGCGAGAAGUGGACCGGCCAGAUGGAGAAAGUGCAGGAGAAGAUGCAGGAGGCGCUGCGCAAGUGCACAUGAAGAAGAAGAGGAGGAGGAGGAAGGGAAGGUUAACAUUCCCACUUCAACUCCCACUCUCUCUGUCCUCAUAAUCUCCUUUUUACCACGCGAACCUGAAGGCAUCGUCUGCCAAAUCCCGCUGCACGCAAACAGGCUGUUGAUUGGCUGCUUUCACAUCACAGCCAAUUAAAACAUAGAGAUAAAUUCACCUUAAUCAAAUAAAAACACUCAUUUAGAUUUAAUUUGUUUAAAAAAAAAAAAACAUUUAGACACAAAUGUGUAUUUUUGGGGCGGAUCAGAAUCUAAGAAACGAGAAAAAACACAAAAUAUUACCAAGUAUUUUUGUCUAAUUUCUAGUGCAAAUGUGAGUUCACUUGAAAUUAGACAAAACUAAAGUAUAUAAGCUUGUCCAGUUUCAUGAUAUAAAAUCACAUUUCUGCCCAGUGGAAAACUGGCCUUGUGUUGGGAAGCUGUUGCCAAAGUAACCAACGAGCGUCUGGAAGUUUCCAGAAUGAUGAAUGUAAAAGAAAAAAAAUCACCAUGCAUGACCUGUGAUCACACGUCCACCUUUACGUUGAGUUAUGUAAUUUCUUUUUACAUAUUAUUAAUAAUUUGUACACUAUUAUGAGCUGAGAUCUUUAUUUAGGUGAUAAAACUUUAUAUUUUAUUAAUAGUUAAAGACACUAAGUGAUGAAAAUAGGACAUUUCUUUUAUUUCCAGCCACACUACACUUUCUUAUUCUCUGUUGGGAGGAAAUCAGUUCAAUUUAAGAGAUUUGCUUAGUCUGUGCAAUUUUUGUGUAAAAAUCAUAUUUUUGUUUCCUGUCUGCAGCUUAAAGCGCUUGUCUUUACGUGCAGGAAAACUGGACCCUGAACGUCUCCUGACAUGUCAGAUAUGUGAAUAUGUUCAUGAUUUUUUGUUUUGUUUGGGUUUAUAAAUGUUUUAAUUGACAUAAAUAAAGAUGUGAGAAGAAAACUUA